AUGUCUGUAAAUAACAAGGAUAUUGCAUUGUCAAUCAUCCAUUUUUUAAAAAAUUCCGUUGCUACUAAGGAAAUUCCAGAAGACUAUGCUGAAUCCAUGGAUGUAGCCAUCGACUGUAUUGCUGAUGCAUUUGAGGUUGAAAAGGAUGAUGACUCCAAAAUUGUCGCUUCCAAAUUCAAGGGACUCCCAUUAUCAGAAUUGGUCAAGGCUGGAUUAAGUGGUAAGGCUGCCUCUGGCGCUGCUACUCCAUCCACUGAAUCAUCAGCUGCAGACUCUGCCUCAUCAUCUUCCGUAAAUACCGCCGCUGUGCAACCAACUGCUGAAGAUCAAGAAAAAGCCGAUAAGUUAAAGCUUGAAGGUAAUAGAGCCAUGGCCAACAAAGAUUUCAAAGAAGCCAUUGCCAAAUAUACCGAAGCUAUCAAGUUAAACCCUAGUAACGUAGUGUACUUAUCCAAUAGAGCUGCAGCUUAUUCUCAAUCCUCUCAACACGCGAAGGCCGUUGAAGACUCCCAAGCUGCCAUCAAGUUAGAUCCAAAGUUCUCCAAGGCUUACUCUAGAUUGGGGUUAGCUAAAUAUGCCUUGGGUGAUGCCAAGGGCGCCAUGGAAGCCUAUAAGCAAGGUUUGGACAUCGAAGGUGAUUCUAAGUCUGACGCUAUGACCAAAGGUUACGAAACAGCUAAGCGUAGAUUCGAAGAAGACCUUGAGACUACUAUGCCUUCCAGUUCAGUAGAACGUAGUGGACCAUCUGAAGACUCUGGAGCCGGUGCUGGUGCUGGUGCUGGUGCUGGUGCUGGGGGAUUACCAGACUUCGGCAGUAUGUUUGGUGGGGCUGGCGGUGCUGGUGGAAUGCCAAACUUUGCUGAUAUGAUGAAGAACCCUCAAGUUAUGCAAGCUGCUCAAGAUCUUAUGUCUAACCCAGCAGCUUUACAAGGGUUGAUGAAUAACCCUAUGUUAAAGAACAUGGCCCAAAACAUGGGAAUGGGCGGUGGAGAAGACGGCGCUGGUGCUCCAGACUUAUCUGAAUUGAUGAACAACCCAAUGUUAAGAAACAUGGCCAAUCAAUUCAUGGGAGGAAACAACCCUAGCAACCCUGGAAGUGGAAGUGGAAGUGGAAGUUCAUCAUAG